UGUCGAGGAGAGGUUACGUUUCUUUCUUUCGUUACAUUAUUUCUAUCGAAAAUGUACGACGACUAUACCGAGUAUGACGCCUACGAUGACUAUGGGCCGUCAGAUGUGCAUGAUCAGUAUGAUCGACCGAGCUACCGGCAAGUGCCCGAAGUGGUGCGCAAUUUCUUGGUAUUUCUGCGCAAUUGCAUCAACGAGGGCAUGAUCUUCGAGAUCCAGAAUUUAUACGAGAACACAUUUCCUAAGAUCUCGGAACAGCUAUUUGAUAAGUCGCCAUGGCCAGAUGCCUCGACAAUUGCCCACAUUGUUGACAAUGAUGCAGUAUUUCUUACUCUUUACAAGGAGCUUUAUUAUCGUCACAUAUAUGCACGCAUGCAGGGUCCUACACUGGAGCAGCGUCUUAACUCCUUCUAUAAUUACUGUGAUCUUUUCAAUUUUAUUCUGCAUCCUGAUACUCCAGUGCAACUAGAACUGCCUGAUCAAUGGCUAUGGGAACUCAUUGAUGAAUUCGUUUAUCAGUUUCAGUCUUUCGCUCAAUAUCGUGCCAAUCUGUCUAAUAAGACGCCAGAUGAGAUUGAGAAUCUAAAUGCGCAUAAUAAAAUUUGGGAUGUUCUAUGUGUAUUAAAUGUUUUGCAUUAUCUGGUUGACAAGUCAAAGAUAAAAAGCCAAUUAGAAGUAUAUGCGAGUGGUGGUGAUCCAGAUUCUGUAGCUGGUGCCUUUGGUAGGCACUCUUUGUACAAGAUGCUUGGCUAUUUCUCGCUCGUCGGUCUUCUAAGAUUGCAUUCUUUAUUAGGUGAUUAUUAUCAGGCCAUCAAGGUCUUGGAAAAUGUAGAGCUCUAUAAGAAGAGUGCAUAUUCCCAUGUACCUGGCUGCCAGAUUUCGACAGCAUACUAUGUAGGCUUUGCCUAUAUGAUGAUGCGCCGUUAUGCAGAUGCGAUUAGAACAUUUUCUGGUAUUCUGUUGUACAUUCAACGUACAAAACAGUUAUUCGCCACGCGUAGCUAUCAGAAUGAUCAGAUCAACAAGCAGACUGAACAGAUGUAUCAUCUGCUUGCCAUAUGUCUGGUUCUACAUCCACAGUGUGUAGAUGAGGGCCUGCAGCAGGCUCUGCGAGAUAAGAAUUACCAUGAGAAAAUAUACAAGAUGCAGUACGGUGAUCUCACUGAAUUUGAAAAUUGUUUUGUGUUUGCAUGUCCCAAAUUUCUAUCUCUGACAUCACCGAAUCCAGAUAAUCCUAAUGAAGACUAUGUCCGCGAAGCUAUCAAACAUCAAACACAAGUAUUUAUGGAUGAAGUGGUCCAACAAAAAAUGUUGCCGACCAUUCGUUCGUAUUUGAAACUCUACACGACGUUGCCGCUUAGUAAAUUGGCCACAUUUAUGGGAAAUACUAGAUCUGAUAUCGAAGGAUGGGAUCUCGACAAGGAAGUAAAUGCAUUAACGAUUCAUUUAUUAUGCUUCAAGCACAAGAUGAAAAAUAUUGUUUGGACCAAAGGCACAUCAGGGCUAGACGGAAAAUUCCAAUCCGGUUCUGAGUUGGAUUUCUAUAUCGAUCAUGACAUGGUUCACAUCGCCGAUACGAAGGUAGCACAUCGUUAUGGAGACUUUUUUAUUCGUAAAAUACUGAAGUUUGAAGAAUUGAAUCGCAAAUUGCAUCAUAUAAAAAUCUAACUAUAUAUUAUCACACAAUUACUAAACAUCUUGACAGUACAUUCGCAA